AUGAUAAUGAUUUUACUCCUAGACAAUAGGCCUUGCAGGUUGAAUCCAUGUUUAAAUGGCGGCACGUGUAAUGACUAUAUUGAUUAUUACACGUGUGACUGUUAUCCUGGUUGGACAGGCUAUGACUGUGAAGCAGACGUCGAUGAGUGUGUAAGUAAUCCAUGCCAGAAUGGCGGUACUUGUGAAAAUAUGAUAAACCAAUAUGUGUGCGGUUGUACUUCUGGAUUCUCGGGAAACAGCUGUGAGAUUGAUGCUCGUGAGUGUUCUCCUGGAAUAUGCCGCAAUGGUGGCGUAUGUAUUAUUACACCAUCCUACUCGUACUGCUCUUGUCUUACUGGAUAUACGGGGUAUCGCUGUGAGAAAGUGUUAAAUGAUUGUUAUCCAAAUCCAUGCCAGAAUGGUGGUACAUGUAUUGAAGGCACAGAAGAAGGAAAGUACCGAUGCAACUGUGUAAGGCCACCGUGGGAUGGGAAAAACUGCACCCAACGUACAACAACAACUGAACCACCACAAACUACGCAUCAAAACAUGCAAAAGCAAACGACAAGACCACAUCAUGUAACUUCUGAAACCACAACACAGUUGACGUCUCCAACUUCUACUACAACACCAGCUACGACACAUCCUGCGGUAACACUAUCAAAACCGUCAACACAAAGGACGACGACAUCAACAAAUCCUAUUACCACUACUACUAUAAUAUCAACAACAAUGCAGCGUGAAACAACACACAAUCAAUCAACGCAUCAUCGAACGACUGAAUCCACAACACAGGCAACUUCACCAACUCCUUCUCUCUCUACUACUAAUAUUGCUAGUACUGCAAGCCACUUUGCAACAACAUCCGAACAGUCAACACAACCUCCCACCACAUCAUCCACACAACCUCCCACUACAGCCAAACAGUCAACAGAACUUCCCACUACAUCCGAAAAGUCAACACAACCUCACACUACAUCCAAACAGUCAACACAAACUCCUACAACUUCCGAAAAGUCAACACAACCUCCCACCAUACCAAAACAGUCAACACAAGCUAGAACCACAUCCGAACAGCCAACAAAACCUAGAACCACAUCCAAACAGUCAACACAACCUCCCACCAUACCCAAACAGUCAACACAACCUUUAACCACAUCCGAACAGUCAACACAACCUUUAACUAUAUCUAAAAAGUCAACACAACCUUUAACCACAUCUAAGCAGUCAAGACAACCUAGAACCACAUCCAAACAGUCAACACAACCUCCUACCACAUCUAACCAGUCAACACAACCUCCUACCCCAUCCAAACAGUCAACACAAACUCCUACCACAUCCGAACAGUCAACACAACCUUUAACCACAUCCAAACAGUCAACACAAUCUUUAACCACAUCUAAGCAGUCAACACAACCUUUAACCACAUCCAAACA